UCUUCAAUCCACUUGUUCAUUCUUUUUCUUUGUUUUUUUUUUGUUUUCUUCAAUUCCAAUGAUCUAUAACGUUUUCUUACUCUUAUCUGUCCUCGUUUCCGUCGCCGUCGUAGGAGAAGGAGCAACGGUGUUCGAGCCCACCGAUGUGUUUUUCAUCAACUGCGGCGCUACCUCCAACGACGAAAACGGUGGCCGAACAUGGACGCCGGAGAGAAAUAUUCUUCCCUCGAAUUCAGAGUCUGCGUCCUUCACUUCAGAUGCGUUAUACCAAGAAUCAGGUGUUUCUCAGGUGCCGUACAUGGUAGCUCGUCUUUUCCGAUCUGAGUUCACUUACAGUUUCCCACUCUCUCCCGGUUGGAAAUACCUCCGGUUAUACUUUUACCCGACCCGGUACGGAUCCGGUUUCGAUGCCGCUCAUUCCCUCUUCGACGUCAACGUCAACGGUUUCACUCUCUUGCGAAACUUCAGCGCAGAUUUAACGGUAAAAGCUUCCAAACCGGAGUCAAAGUCUGUUAUCAAAGAGUUCAUUGUUCCGGUCUACCAGACUCUGAAUAUCACGUUCACGCCGUCUCCGGAUUCGUUAGCAUUCGUUAACGGAAUCGAGAUUGUGUCCAUGCCUGACUUGUUUUACUCAAAGGGAGGAUUUGACGACAAGAUAAUAUACGUCGGUAGAGAAUUUGACUUGGACAUAAACAACUCGACGGCUUUCGAGACGGUUCACCGGUUAAACGUAGGCGGACAAACAAUCAGUGACGUCGGCCAUUCGGGAAUGUUCCGGCAGUGGCUUUCCGAUGAUGGUUAUUUCUAUUAUUCGGCCGGAAUGGUUGUGAGCAUCCCAGGUGUUAAGAUCAACUACACCGAGAAAACCCCAGCUUAUGUUGCGCCGGAUGACGUGUACACCACGUCUCGCCAAAUGGGGACUGUAAAGGACCCUACGCUCAACCUACAAUACAACCUGACGUGGUACCUUACAGUCGACGCCGGGUUUACAUACCUCGUGAGGCUACAUUUCUGUGAAACUAUUCCGCAAGUGAACUCAACGAACCAACGUGUCUUCAGCAUCUUCGUCCAACAUGAGAUGGCUAAGAAAGAGGUGGAUGUGAUUUAUCUCAGCGGUGGUUUUAGUAACCCAAUGUAUCUAGAUUUCGGUGUGGAUGUUGGUUUCGAAAAUGGGUUAAGACCUGAUCUACAACUUGACUUGCAUCCUUUGAUAGAUACUGACCCUUUGCAUUAUGACGCUAUUCUGAAUGGUGUGGAGAUUCUCAAGCUGAAUAAGUCCGACGGUAAUAUCGCUGGACCUAAUCCAGAUCCUCCAGAAUCACCAGGCUUAACACCAAACCGUGUAACGACGCAGAAGAGAGGUAAUAACAAGUCACAUGUUUUGGCGAUCACACUUGCAGUGGUUGGUUCUUUAGUUGUGCUUGCAAUGUUUGUUGUUGGUGUUGUUGUUUUCAUGAUGAAGAAGAAGAGGAAGGGGAGCAACGAGUUUAGUGUACAUACCACUAGCAAGCCGUCUACGAACACUUCAUGGGGUCCUCUUCUGCACGGGACAGGUUCCACGAAUACAAAAUCCGCCUCAUCUCUCCCAUCUGAUCUUUGCCGUCGAUUCUCCCUCUUCGAAAUCAAAUCCGCUACAGACAAUUUCGAGGAAAAACUAAUCGUUGGACUAGGCGGGUUUGGCUCUGUCUACAAAGGACGAAUAGACAGUGGAGCCACACUUGUCGCGGUUAAACGGCUGGACAUUACAUCAAACCAAGGUGCCAAAGAGUUCGAAACAGAGCUUGAAAUGCUCUCAAAGCUCAGACAUGUACAUCUAGUCUCUCUAAUCGGAUACUGCGAUGACGACAACGAAAUGGUGCUUGUCUACGAGUAUAUGCCACAUGGUACACUUAAAGAUCAUCUUUACAAGAGGGACAAGGCCUCUGAUCCUCCAUUGUCUUGGAAACGAAGGCUAGAGAUUUGCAUUGGAGCAGCUCGUGGACUACAAUAUCUCCAUACUGGCGCGAAGCACACGAUCAUACAUCGUGACAUCAAAACCACAAACAUACUUCUUGAUGAGAACUUCGUUGCUAAAGUAUCUGACUUUGGUUUAUCAAGACUCGGUCCAACAAGUGCUUCUCAAACUCACGUCUCCACUGUCGUCAAAGGAACGUUUGGGUACUUAGACCCUGAGUACUAUCGCCGUCAAAUCUUGACGGACAAAUCUGACGUAUACUCCUUUGGUGUUGUUCUGUUCGAGGUUUUGUGCUGUAGACCGAUCCAAAUGCAAACUCUUCCACAGGAACAAAGAGAUUUGAUACGAUGGGUGAAGUCAAAUUACAAAAGAGGAACCGUUGAUCAGAUCAUUGACAAAGAUCUAACUGAUGAUAUCACUUUAGUAUCAUUGGAGAAGUUCUGUGAGAUAGCCAUCAGAUGUGUUCAGGACCGCGGAACAGAAAGGCCAACGAUGAACGACGUUGUUUGGGCGCUUGAGUUUGCUCUUCAGCUUCAUGAGACUGAUAAGAAGAAGAGUGACAAUGUGGAGUCUGUGGAUGUAGUGGCGCAUGGUGAGCUAGGUAUGACGACAGAGGGAGAAGAUGACAUGUUUAGUAGGACUACAGGACACGUGGCGAACUCGACCACGACUGAUGACUCUCUUCCUUUGGUUGGUGGUGAGGGGAGUGGUGAGAGGAGUGGUUCGAGUUGGGGAGUGUUUUCGGAGAUCAAAGAACCUAAAGCACGGUAGACUUUGAUGGCUUGAUAAACAAGUAUUACAUUCUUGUUAGGGUUUUUAUAUACUUCAUACAAUAUUUGUCUGUAUAAUUGUUGAAUAAUUACAUUCUUGUUUGGGUUUAUAUACUUAAUACAAUAUUUGUCUAUGUAUAAUUGUUGAAUAAAAACAUAAAGUAUUCUAUUA